AGAUGCUCACUCAUUUAAAUAGAUGCACAUCCAGCUCAGACCCUCUUCAAAGGCUCUGCCAUAGUGGUAGAAAGCAGAAGCCAGCGAUGUCUGUGCAGGAGUCUACUCUAAGGAAAAUUAAGAAGAAUAUUUUUGCGGGCAUUGAAGUCGCUGAGACUCUCAAUUGGCAAGGAUGGUGUCUAGGAAGAGAAUUCACAAAACACUUAACUUUGAGAAACGUGUGUCUGAAACCACAGAAACUAAAAUUCAGACCUCCCACUACACAUUUCUUCAUUACCAUUUUUCCCCAGCCGAUAAUUUUGAGUCCUGGCAUGUCUAUAGCUCUGCCCGUCAUCUUCCGUCCUUUGGAAAAGAAGGAAUAUGAAGACAGCAUCCUUUUUGAAAAGCAAGAGGGAGAGUUCUCUGUUGCACUUCAUGCCAAGCUACCACAUCUUGACCUGCUUUUUCCAGACAGCAUCCAACUUCCUGCCUGUGCUGUCCAUGACUAUACAGAAGCCUGUUUUACUGUGUACAAUGAUGGGGAUCUGCUGACAUGCUUUAGCUGGGAGGCACCAAGCCCCUUCUCUCUUCUGCCUACCCGUGGCAUAUUGGAUCCAGGAGAGAAGUGUACAAUGAAGGUGAUCUUUCAACCUCUGGUGGCUCUAGUAUAUGAUGUAUCAGCAGUUUGCAAUUUUGGAGAUACUUGCGAGAAGAAGGCCAUCAGGCUCAAAGCUGUUGCUAAAUAUCCCCACCUGCUGGUGAAUGUGCCUGAAGACCCUUAUGAAGAUCCUCGGUUUAAAAGUUUCCAGGAUGUGCUCUCUUUUGGGUCUGUUGCUGUUGGAAGAACUGUGGAAAAAUAUGUGCAGAUCUUCAAUGUGUCUGUGGUCAAGGCCCCGUUUACCAUUAACAGACCAAAAGAAGGGGCAUAUCGCGAUCAUGUAUUUUCCUGUGAUAUUAUCCAAGCCACUGCUCCAGCUCGUGGGGCCUCAGUCAUCCCUUUUCGGUUCACCCCACAGACUGUGGGCAUGAAGAGCGUGGACUACUUCACUGUUAUGCCGUCUGGGAACAACACACGCUCUGUUCUAAAAGUGACAGGAUCAUGCAAAGGUCCUGAGGUUUCUUUUCAGCAUCCCUUUGUCUACUUCAGCUGCAUUAAUCUUGGGGAAUACUUGAUACAGCCUUUAGAGAUGACCAACAGCUCUGAUGUCCCUGCCUACUAUCAGUUUGACAUAGACUGCAAGCAGAGUGUCUUUUCCAUUGACUGUCCUUAUGGGAUCUUGGAUGGGAUGACCACUAUCACCUUGAAGGUGACAUUCCAGCCCACCCACCCAAUAAUUUGCCAUCGAAGAGUGGCUUGCCUUAUUCAUCAGCAGGAUCCGUUAUUCCUAGAUUUAAUUGGGACCUGUCAUACAGAGACAAUGCACCCACUUAUUCUGACACUGAAGCACCUUACCAAAUUCAGGACACACAUGGCCAGGGGACUGACCUUUUUCUCGCCAGACAUCCUUGGCACUAUGCUGAAGGAAGGCAAGCUUUUGGUGGAUGAAAACGGAACUCUCACACUCCCACCAGAGAUUCUGGAAGACAAACCCCCAGAGGAAUACCCUAACAUUGAGCCCAUGGUUGAAUAUUUCCAUGAUGGUGUCAGCAGUGACUUUGCCAUGUUUCCUCCCCAUGUCAGCCUUAGUGUUAAGGAGUUUGAUUUCGGCUGUUGUGCAAAACUGGAAGAGAUCGAGCCACUUCCUCUGAGUGUGACUAACCACACAAAGGGAAAGGUCACUGUGAUAUGGACAAAGAAGCCAAGCAGUCCUUUCCAGGCGAUCCCAGAGAGUUGUGACAUCCCACCUUUGAAGACGAUGGCGUUCCGCAUCACCUUCCAGCCUACCCAGCUCAAUUCCCUGUAUACAGCUGAACUAGAAGGCUUUGCCUUUUACAAGGUUCUGCGCAACUAUAACAACAUUGAGGAGUCAGUCACGAUGUGCCCUUCAUGGAGCUUGACCAUCCGCUUGUGUGGACACACUUUUCAACCUGGUGUGCAGCACUUAAUCCCACGGUACACCAUGGACUACCAUGAGGUCUUCCCUCCAGUAUGCCGGAACACUACUACAUACCGCAGCAUACUGCUCUAUAAUGUGGGCUGUACAUCCGUCCAUUUUCACAUGGACCGGGAGAAGUGCCCUGCCAUCUUGGUCAAGCCCAGCUGCGGAUCUGUUGCACCUGGAGCCCAUCAGAUCUUUCUUCUCUCAACCUGCCCAGUGGACACUGUUACACAGCACCACAUCUUGUCUUUGUGUCCCAAUUACUGCUCUGCAUUCAUCAAGGAGAUCCACCUUAAGAGUAGGGCUGAGCCCCUAGUCCUCCUCUUAGAAAGUGAUGGCAACCUGUACUUCAAACCCACCUGUGUGGGCACCUUUUCCUCACGUACCUUCACCAUCAAAAACUGCACCCGCUUGCCCAUGCUCUUCAGGUGGAAAAUUCAGCAGUUGGAUAAAAGGUUCCUGUCUGUCCAGCCUGCUGAGGGGACAAUAUUACCCAAUGAAGCUUUGGCCCAAACUUGGACCUUCACUCCUAGUGAGCAGACCAAAUAUCUUCUGCGAAGUUGGGUGACAGUGUGGAGAGAACAAGAUCCACCAAACGACAAGACCUCAGAGAGCACCCGCUAUAUCCUGCGGGUGAUUGGAGAGGGAUCAUUUGGCACUUUAACAGCACAAGAAGAACAGGUGGAUGUUGGCAACAUCCUGGUUGGCAGCACACAGUCUUGUGAAGUGAGAUUAUUUAAUAAUGGGGCCUGCUCCUUACAGUAUGUUCUCAAUGUAGAGCAGAUGAUCACGGGACCAUGUGACCCAGAAGAAGUUGCCAGUGACCCCUUAGCAAUCACUCUUGACCACUACAAAGGAAUAGUUGCUGCUCGGGGUAAGAUCUUUUUGCGAGCAACUCUUAAACCAGCCCGCCAACUGCACUACGCCUGGACAAUCAGUUAUGUCAUUUCUACUCCCAACGCCACAACACCUGUUGGGGAAAAGCGAUCCGUUUGCUGUGUAACAGCAUCAGGCAUAUAUCCGUCUAUCUGUAUCACUGAUGCUUGUGGCACAGGCAGUGCCCGUGGUAUCAGCAAGCUGCACCUCUGGAGACUUUUCUCUUUGGAUACUCUGAACCAGUACCUGGAACGAGAGCCAACACCCCAGGAGCUCACUUUUAGAGUCCCUACAAGGCACAGUGUUGAGCGGAUCCCCCCAGUCUACACUCCUGUCAUGCUGGAUUUCAAUUUUGGUGCAGCUCCUGUUGGAUGUGCCCCUUCUGUGGUUGUGCUGAUGCUUCAAAACAACGGGACAAUACCUGUGAGCUGGGCCUUUCUGUUUCCUUCUGACCAGAAGAUUGAUGUGGAAUACUGGGCAGAAAGUGCAGAGUUUGACCCCAGUGAGUUGCACCAGAUGCGAAUCCAGGAUAACCAGCUUUUUACUGUCUCUCCCAAGGCAAGAAAGCUUCUUCCCGGUGAAGAGCAAACCAUAUAUUUAUCCCACAGACAUGAUUUCAUUGGCACUGACCGGCUUCCAGUCUUGCUGAAGGUUUCUCAUGGUCGAGAAAUUCUGCUGAAUUUUAUUGGUGUGACACUGAAGCCAGAGUGCCGCUAUAUUCACUUCACUUCAACCAAACAUAUAUUCACACCCAUUGCUAUUGGCACCUAUGAUCCUCCCAAACAGAUCUAUGAACUGUACAAUGGAGGUUCCACAAUUGCUGUGUAUGAAAUCCAGGUGGAUGCUCUGACGAAAGUACAAGAACAGAAUUACCAGCAUGCAGUGUUUACCUGUCUAAAUCCAAGAGGAGAGAUUGGGCCAGGCUUAACAGCCCAUACUGAAUGGAUAUUUUCUCCAUUGGAAGCAAAAAUGUACUCGGUGGAGGUGCCCAUUCACAUCGUCGAAGGGGACUCUGCUCUGAUUACCUUCCAAGGAAUAGGUUUUGAUCCCUCUGUUAUGGGAGAGACAGCACAGUUUGACAAAGUGGUGUCUUCUACAACAACACCAGUCUCUGCUAAAUUAACAGUGCCUGGUCUGACAGUGUACUUAUCACAGCCUCGGAUUUGUCUUGGCAACAUCCCAGUCUACAGCAAAUGCAGCCGCCUUUUCUUUCUCAACAAUGCCUCUGAAAAUGAGGCUAUCAUUUUUGCUUGGCACGCUGGCACUUCAAAUUCCAUGGUGGUAUUGAACAUCAGUCCAGAAAGUGGAGUUGUGCAAGCUGGAGAGAGCAUCCAAUGUGUUCUCACACUGCAUGCCAGUGAGAGCCCAUGCUUCUACAAUGUGGAUUUGAUCUGUGAGAUUUUUACUCAGCACCCACUAGAUCAGUAUGAGAAGGAGAUGAAGGAAUGGGAAAAUGAGAAGGCACGGCAGGCUGUGGAAUUCACCAUUACAGAGAAAGACUUAAAUACAAAGAAGAAUCUAAAAGAACCCUCAAAGAGGGUUUCAGACUCCCAGGAAUCAGAAAAGGCUUCUAAGGUGUUUUCGGAAAUCAGGAAAUACAAGACUCUUCCCCCCAUUAAGAACCCCCAGGUGCCUCACCCCCCUGCCAGCCGAAGUGAAAGGAGGCACUUAAGGGACAAAAAGGCCAGCAUGUUGUGGGCCAAGCCAGACCCCCCCAAGCCCUACCUCAUGCAUUUAGGGGUUACGGCGAGGUCUCACCCAAUUGAUGAUUUCUUGGCCACCUACCCUGAAGACUUCCCCCAGUAUUUCCUCUUCCGCCAGAUUAAGAGUAAGACAACAAGAACCCAUGCAACAAAUACAGCAUCUUUAGGCAGAAGCAAAACCAAGAGAUAUCCUACAAAAGCUAGAAGCUGGUCAGAACUAGGAAGCUGCACAGAAGAGGAGGCCCAGCUGGUAACAGACAUGCUGUCCACAGUGAUCAAAGGUUUGUUGGAGGAGACCCAGUUUCAAGAAGCAGUGACCAGGAGCCUUGUGGAGCCCAUUCCCUACUUCUGUCAGUUCUGGUGUGAAGAAUCAGCUAAACAGAGGCACAGUCCUGGGGGCACCUCCAUAUCAUCUCCUUCCCUUGAAGGUAGCCCAAAGGGUAGAACGGAAAGUGAAGACUUCAGAGGAGAGGCCUCACCUGGAGGGAUUAUGGAUGCUCGGGAAAGUCUAAGUGUAAUUAUUCGCAAGGAACAGUUCCGUGAGCAGAAGGAAUGCAUCAUCAGGAUGCCAGCUUUUGCAAAUCUGACUGAGAUGGUGCUGGACAAUACCAUCCAGAACAUUUUGGUGGAAGCCAGUCGUGGUGAAGUGGUGCUGACAGCACGGCCCAGAGUUAUUGCACUUCCUCCUCCUUACUCUCAGAAAGGUAUCAGUCCCAUCAUUUCGAUGACCAAACCAUCUAUGUUCCAGCUUUCUGUGGUACCAUCAGUCAGUGCCUUGAGUGAAAUCAAGGACCCUGAAGUGCACCGGCACAUUAUUCUGCCCCCUUAGGACUUGGAGGAACAUUGGUGCUACCUUCACAUGUGAUCUGUGGCUGAGUAAUGAAAAUAAUAUUAAAUAAUAAAUUUAAUUUGUUACCAGCCUCUCCUCACAGCUCGAUGUGGGGUGCCCUACAGUCAAAACCCGUUAUCAUAAAAUAUAUACAAUAAAAUGCAUAUAUUAAAACACA